AUGGCAUCCGGCACUGACCUCGCGGCUCACCUCCAAAACCUUAUCCCAGACUCGCACGCUCAACUUCGCGACUCUGUCCUACCAUCCCUCUUAAAGUCAGUGCACACAAUAGCCGGCCAUCUACGCACAUCACCCAGCGUAACCCAAGUCGGCACCGCUAACGCAUUCGGCGACGAUCAACUCAACGUCGACGUCCUCGCCGAGGACGCCAUCCGCCAAACCAUCAAAGCCUGUCCUAGCAUAGUCACCGCCAGCAGCGAAGAAGACCCAAUCGAAAGAUCUUCCUCAGAAAACCCCAGUACUACAGGAAGUACAGAGCAAUACACACUAGCCUUUGACCCCCUCGACGGCUCCUCCAUCAUCGCCCCAAACUGGAGCGUAGGCACUAUCCUCGGCAUCUGGUCUGGCGCCUCAGCCCUGCACUCCCCCCCAUCCACACAUCAAAUUGCCGCAAUCCUCGGUGUGCUUGGUCCCCGCACUACCGCCAUCGUUGCCCUGCGCCUCCCCAACUCCCCAUCUGCCUGCUUCGAAGUCGGAUACUCAUCCUCUGGCUCCAUCCAAGUAAUCCGUGCAAACGUCCAGCUGGCGUCUCCCUCCGAUGUGAAGACGCGAUACUUCGCCCCCGCCAACCUGCGCGCCGCAGCUGAAGAUGCAAAGUACAUGAGCCUGAUCACGCAUUUCAUCCAGCAAAAAUACACACUACGCUACAGCGGCGGCCUCGUCCCUGAUGUCGUACACGCCUUGGUCAAGGGCCACGGCAUCUACAUCUCCCCCGUCACCCCGCAAAGCAAAGCCAAACUCCGCCGCUUAUACGAACUCGCCCCCAUAGCCCUAAUCAUCGAAUGCGCAGGGGGUGCAGCACUGGACUCCGCAACAGGGACCCGCAUACUCGACGUCGAAGUGCGUGAUACCGACGAGAGGGGGGGUCUGGUAUGCGGGAAUACUACAGAUGUCGAGUCGGCACGGAAAGCUUUACUACUACUACCAUCAUAA